UCAGGGGUUUGUCCUCAGAUUAACUUCCCUUUUCUUUCAUUUCUGUUCCCCAUUCCUGUUGGUGUCCCCAUUCUGACACCAAUUUCUCUUGGUCCUUACCAACUUCUGAGCCCACUCCUUCCUGGGAAGGGAAAUGCUGUAUUUUUGCAGAAGUUUAUCUGUGACAAUCCUGCCUGUGACACCGUUUAUAUUUUUCUGUUGGGUAACAUCUGCUGAUCCCCAGGCCUAUGGCUUUGGAGCUGGGGCGGGGGCAUCAGCAGAGGGCAAAAAUGGCUGUUUUUAGUCUUGAUACUUUUUGUCAGCCAACAGCACUGUAGGAAUUGGGUGGGAGACACGAAGUUGAGUGCUGUUGUCAGAGAUCUCCAGUCCUCCUUGGUGUGGUGGUAGACUGGGGGGGAAAGUGUCCUUCAGUGAGCUGGGUGACAGAUCUUUGUCUUGCUUGGGAUCGUGCCCCAUCACACAGUCAUCUAUGGGAUUCCCAGUUUUCAGGCUAUGAUUCAUCUGUUGGGAUGGGGAGGUGGAGGGAGGAAUGAAGGAAGGAAGAAGGUGCGUACGUGUUAGCAGGCACGUAGAAGACCAUCCCUGUGCCCUCCAUGCUAUCUCAAUGUGCUCCUACCAACCCCACAGCCAGGCGAUAUCCUCCUGGAGGACAUUUGGGAGGAUCUCAUUACCUGUUGGCAGUGCCACCGGAGCUUUUACGCUCUCUUGUCCCCACUCAGGCAGGGGAAAAUUAAGGUCUGCAGUCACUCCUCAUAUGCCCCCUUCCUGCCUGUGGUUUCCCUGCCUUCUUCCUCUUGCGUGAGUGUUUCCUUCCUGGGGCUGAGCGGAAGGGAAGUAGCACCUAGUGUUCUUGGUCACUGUUGACAACGGGGGCACCGAGGACCCAUCACCCUUCCCAGGGGAAGGGAUAUGUGAGUCCCUGAGGUCUCCUGCCAUGUCCACACCUCCUUCCAAUGUGACUGUCUCUGCAAUCCCCAAUGCAGCACUGGGACUGACCCUGCUGUCACUGGCAAUGGUCGUAGGGCUGCCAGGGAACGCGUUCGUGCUCUGGAGCUAUAUCAUCACCCGUCGCCGCAGCAUCCCCAUGCUGCUGGUGGCCCAUCUGGCCCUGGCUGACGUGGCCACGCUGCUCACUGGCCCCGUUUACAUCCGAUUCCUCAGCACUGGCCGCUGGGACCUGGGCCCUGCCGCGUGCCGUGGUUGCAACUACAUCUGCGCAGCCGCCAUGUACACCAGCGUCUUCCUCAUCGCUCUGCUCGGCCUGCACCGCUGCCUGGUGGUGUCCCGACCAUCAGCUGCAGUGCUGGCAGGUGACCGUGCCACCCAGCUGGCCCACGGGGCUGCUGCCGUCACUUGGCUGGUGGCCUUGGUGUUGGCCACCCCUUCUAUUGCUUUCCGGCACGUGGAGAACGGGAUGUGCAAGCGGAACCACAGUUCCACCGCUUGGCUGGUGACCCACAACCUGCUGGAGACAGGGCUGGGCUGGGCUGUGCCACUGGUCGCCGUGGCUGUUGGUUAUGGGCUGCUGCUGCGGCGGCUGCGGCGGACGCGAUUGGCACGGCGGGGCCGCACGCUGCGGUUGGUGGCCGCCGUGGUGGUCGCCUUUGCCGUCACCUGGGGACCCUACCAUGUCGGGAGCUUGUUGGAAGUGGUGGUGGAGCUGCAGAGCUGCAGUGGGACUCUAAGAAAGGUUGCCAAAGCCAUCCGGCCACCAGCCACUGCGCUGGCGUUCCUCAGCAGUGCCCUAAACCCGCUGCUCUAUGCCUGCGCCGGGCGGGGACUGUGUCGCACUGCUGGGGCUGCACUCCUGCCCCGGCUCCUAGAGGUCUCCACAGCCUCCAGCAGUGCCCGUAGGACUGUCACCCAUCGGGCCAGAAGCUCGCGGGGACAGCGGGAGAAUGGAGGCAAGGAGGUGGCCAGGGAGGAUGUGGGGACGGGGGAUGAGAGGACGGUGGCAGAGGGAACGGUGACGGGCGAUGAGGGGACGGUGGUGGAGAGCACUGAGAUGGGGGACAGUGGGAGGGCGUGAUGGAUGGAGAGGCUUUUGGAUGGAUGUUGUCAUUAUAUUGCGGGGUGCCAUGGGGAGGGGUCCCUGGAGUCCUCUAGGGUUGUAUUAGGGAUUCCUAGGGGUAAUUGUGGGAGCUUUAGGGGGGGGUGGCCUUUAGGGGUUAUUGGGAGAACUCAGGGGAUGUCAGGGAGUCUCAACAUGUGGGUUUCAGUGAGGACACUCAGGGAGGAACUGGGAGAGCUGAAGGAUGUUUGGGGGCCCGGGGCUGUCCUGAAGGAUGCCUAGGAUGUCACCACCACACACAGAGGUGUCCCCAUGGCAUAUGACAGGUGUCCAGGGGACAACAGGGUGUCACCGUUGUGUCACUGGGAUGUCACAGCAGGGUCCCAGGAAAUUCAUCUGGAAUGCCAUUGGAGUGUCCUCAGGGGUCUCUAUGGAGUGUCAUCAUGGAGUCAAAGCUGUGUCACAGCUGAUGGUGUCACUGCUGGAUGGGGCCACAUGUCCCUUUCCCUUGGCCACCCCAUCCUUUGGUGACAUCACUGUGACUUCAUACCCUCCCAAUGGGCUCAGCUCUGCCUCCCAGAGUCAGUGAUGGCAACACCUGUGCCUGUUUGUGUUUUUACAGGAAGAAAAAAUAAAAUACAGAACUUCA